AUGCAUUAUUUCUCAAAGUUUGCGGGGCGGCCGGCCGCGAUUACGCGCAGGAGCGCCCCGAACCCUCCAAACCCGUUCACAACCAGACCUGCCAUGUCACGCCGGAGGGCUGACUCUAGUGGAGACGCACUGCAGGUGGGCGCCCACCUGCCAAUUAACCAAGAAGGCGCUCCGGGAAAUGCUACCGGAUUGAAAGCUCAAAAGGGCGUCAAUAAAGAAAACUAUGAAGAGAGGCUCCGGACUGCUCCUCCCUCGGUGGUCAUUCCGUGGGUUUUAGAUGACGUAGCUGACUCGCUAACUGAGACGGACGCCUUAAGGAGGGGCGUCACGUGGGAGCAGCAUGCAGCCCGGUUGCGGGUCUGCUGGCAAGAGUACGGGGCCGAGUUUCCAAAGGAGUUUGCUGAAGCGCUAACCCGGUUCUUGGAAACGGGUGACCAGAUAGAUCAGGUUGUGCUGUUUUUGCUGGACAUCUUUGCUGGGGACGCGAAUGAAGAGACCGUGGAACGGCACGUGACGAGAGGUUCAAAGGAGCUGUGGCCACUUGUGCUUGGAGAACUUGAAAAGAGCUGGGGGGAGGCAGACUGGACCUCCGUCCCCGCUGCUGAAUCCCGUCAGAGACUGCGGCAGCUGGUUAUAGAUUUGAGGGGCGUGGCCGAGAAACGUUUGUAUAGCAUCUCGGAUAAACUUCUGGAUGACAACCCCUCUGCAAAAAGGAACGCUGAAAAGCUGCUGGAUGCAAUUCGGACGUUGUGGCUAGAGGUUGAGCGAGUAGAUCGUGAGGCGAAGAAGGUCGCCAUCGAGGCGACUCUCAAGCCGGCGCCUUGGGAAGUGGAGGGACCUGCGGGGUCAGAUUCAGAAGCCAGAAAGGGAUAG